CGUUCGGGGAUUUCAGAUUUUCUGCUAUAAACUUGUUGCGAUUCUCUUUGAAGAUGACGUCUAUUUCAAGUAUGGCCAGAUUCAAAAGUCCAACAAGGUCUUCGAGAGGACCCAGCUUUUCUGGAACAGGAACAGGAGGGUCCACUCUACGACGGAGCGGCAGCAUGGGAAGUCUGACAAAGCGAUCAUCAGCCAACAUUGCUGCCAAUUUUGGGACUGGCUCAGGAACAAUGAAAUCUACCAAAGACUAUGACAAUCUGGAAGCUGAAUACAUCAAGAAUCUGCAGCAGCAGAUCUACUUCCUGGAGCUUGAGGCUAACUUCCUGCGAGACCAAGCCAAGAAAGCGACUGAACUUCAUCCAAGGAUGACUGAAGAAGCCAGCAAGAUGCUUCACAGACUCAAGGAUCUCCAAUCAGACGUCGACAGUCUCCAUCUUGAAGUACGAAGGAAAGAAUCUAGCUUGGACAUGGUCAGCACAGAGAAGGACAGGCUGGAUGGAAAGGUCAGGGUGUUGUCGGAUAAUCAUCACCGUGAAAAGAAACUCCUGGUAGAAGAGGUCGUGCAGCUGAAGAAACAGAACGAGAUGAUACAACGGGAGAUACAUGACAGAGAGCAACAGAUAUCUAUGGCCAGGGGAGAGCUAGAGAAGGGCUCCUCCUCUCUAUCCACUGCAGAGCAUCGGAUCCAGAUGCUAGAGGCAGAGGUCCAACAAAAGUCUGAUACGUUGAAAGCUACCCAGUUUGCCUUGGAAGAUAAGAGGACUGAUCUGCUGAAAACCCAAACCCAACUACAAGAAAUGGAGGACAAAUAUUACUCCAGUACAGCCUCCAUACAGGAUCAAGCUGUCGAUGAAUUUAGAGGGGAGAUCAGACAAUUGCAGAGGAAACUAAAAGAAACCGAGAUGAAAGCAGAACAAGAUCGAUUUUUAAAGAGUAAAAUGUCUGAGGAUGUGAAUAAUCUAGUACAGGAGAAUGCCAUGAUGGGCACCCAGGUUCUAGAACUACAAAAUCAAUUGGACAGGGAAAAGAUGUUGAGAGAAAAUCGCGAUACGCGUCACUCCACCCACAUCACUGAGCUGGUGACAGUCAGGGAUAAAGAGAAACAGCUCAAGUUUGAUCUUGAUCAGGCUAGGGAAGUCCUUAAACAGGAGAGAGAAAGAGUGGCACAUCUGAUGAAACAACUGUCCAAGCAAGAUGAGAGACACACCCACAACACCUUGACCCAUAACACCACCAAGAGUCGUCUGGCCGAGCUUGAAGGCAGGCAGGGCGGGGCAGAACAGGAGAAUGCACAGCUCAGACGGGAUAAGAUGCUACUGGUCGAUCACGUCUCUGAUCUUCAGAAACAGCUUGCGGAGAAGGAGCACGAGGUGAGUCGUCUUCACAGUCACAUCCAUACCUUAGAGAUCAGACUGGAUGAAACGUCGAGACAGUCGGCUGUGGAGAGCACCGUGCAGACCCAGAAAUGGUCAGAGUUUGAGAAGAUGGCGGAGAGCAUGAAGAAACUCUCAAAGAGCAUGACAGCUAGGUCCCUUACUCCAGAGUAUUCAUGAAGAGGGGGAGAUGGAAGAAGAGUAAAGGGGGGGGGGGAGAGUAAUUCACUGUAAAAAGCACCAUGCAGAGCAGUGUAAAAAAAAUACUUUUCUGUUUGUGGGAGCUCUUUUAGGAUAAAAUUGCCAUUUUCUUACAGUGAUAUUUAAGUAUUUUAUCGGUAUACAUGUAUUACCAGAGAUCUUUUCCAGUUUACCAGAAGCAUCUUGAAGCUCUUUAUUUUAUUCACUGAUGAAGAGUUUGAGAAGAUGGCAGAAGGAAUGAAGGAACUCUCCCAGAGCAUAACGGCUAGGUCCAUUACAUCAAAAGAUUCAUUUCAUAAAGGGUCACAUGAUGGAAAUUAGGGGAUUCAUGCCAUUAGAGCUUAUUUUUACUAGAGUUUCAUAAAGGAUGAUGUUGGAUUGGAGAGAGGGUGGGGAAGGGUAGUUAUGCAGAUUCAGGGUGAUGGGAUGAGAUUUUAAUUUCUAUUCGGGCAAUAAUUUUUUUUUCUCCAGAAAGAGCCUCUAUUGGACAUGUUAUCAUUGGGUACAUCCAUGUUUGCACAUUAUUUGUGUUGAGUGAAGUGUGUAGGAAUCAGAGACAAUCGAAGGU